UUCCACACACGAGUCUACCAACUCCGGUUACCCUUAGAACAAAGUAAACCUCAAUAAAAAAUUGUAUGUAUGAAAUUACGUGUAUAUUUAACGGGAAUUCAUUUGUUUUACAAUCGUUGCGUAAUUAAUUGUAUCGAUAUAUAUAUACUAUUCCGUUAGAACGGUUUUUAAAUGUGAUGAAUAAAUGAUAAAGUUUGAAUUUCAUUGCUGAUACACAAGCGGGAUCGCCAGGUUGAUAGUGGAAGAUGGACACCAGAGCUGAUGAGGAGGAGGCUCCUACAGACCCAGCGGCGAGAAAGCACACACACCAUGAUUACACCGAACAAGAUUUCGAAGGUCACCGAGCACACACAGUGUUCGUAGGCGUGCACGUGCCGGCGCGACGCCACUCACACCGAAAACACAAACAUCACCAUCGCAACGGAGGAAAAGAUCCGGAGAAACCUAGCCCAGCGAUAAUGGCUCGAGUUAGAAGACUUAGCGUAACGGACGAUGGAGAAACAUUGACCCCACCUGCACAAAGAGUGCAGUUUAUACUUGGGGAAGAUGUUGACGAUACAACUCUUGAAUCACACCCACUUUUCUCGGAAAUGGAAGAACUUGUCAGAGAUGGAGAUGAAUUAGAAUGGAAAGAAACAGCUCGAUGGAUCAAGUUCGAAGAAGACGUUGAAGAAGGCGGCAAUAGAUGGUCUAAGCCACAUGUUGCCACACUUUCCUUACACUCAUUGUUUGAACUCCGAAGUCUUAUUUUAAAUGGAUCAGUGAUUUUAGAUUUAGAAGCUAAUUCCUUGGAACAAGUUGCUGAAAAUGUAUUGGAUAAUAUGAUUGUCGAAGGCGGCCUCGCAUAUGACAGACGAGAAAAGGUUAAAGAUGCAUUGUUGAGAAGACAUAGACACCAAUAUGAAAAACGAAAUCAUAAUAACAUGUCACGUCUACCUUUAAUAAGGUCUUUGGCAGAUAUCGGAAAAAAUCACUCGUCCUGUAAAAAUUUCCAGGAUGGUGGCUCUCGACGCUCCAGUUCGAGGAGUUGUCGGGGGUCCACCUCAUCACCCAACACGGCUCUUCUUCGCGCAGCUGACGCAAGGGGCUCUUAUCUAGCUGUUCCAGUGGAAGAGGGCAGUACAACAAGUGGACAUUCUCACAAAGGAGAUUUCGGUCGAUUCCUAGGCAUCUCUAGUGCGGGUGCUGCACCAGAUGAAGGCAUGAUAAAAAGUCCAAGUAGUUUAUCAAUGCACCGUAACCAUAGCUCUGGCGAUCUUCCAAUGAAUGGAGAUGUUAAUCACAAGAGUAAUACGCACUUUAUGCGCAAAAUACCACCAGGUGCUGAAGCGUCUAACAUACUAGUCGGUGAAGUCGAUUUCUUAGAAAAAACAUUGUCUGCGUUUGUUAGACUGAAAACUGGCACUAUUAUGGGAGAUCUAACUGAAGUUCCAGUUCCCACACGUUUCAUGUUUGUCUUACUAGGACCACCAAAUAGUAAUUCAAGCUUUCACGAGAUCGGUCGAGCUAUGGCAACACUAAUGUCUGAUGAAAUAUUUCAUGAAGUAGCCUACCGAGCUAAAAAACGUGAUCAUUUAUUAGCUGGCAUAGACGAAUUCCUAGAUGCAGUUACAGUAUUACCACCUGGUGAAUGGGAUCCUUCUAUUCGUAUAGAACCACCUGCUGCAAUACCUUCUCAAGAUCCCCGCAAACGUCCCACUGAUAAUAAUCUUAAAGAAGAACCCGAUGAGGAGGAAGAAGAACAAAGACAAAGAGAAGAGUCUGGCUUAGCAAGAAGCGGAAAACUUUUUGGGGGCUUAAUAAAUGACUUAAAAAGAAAAAUUCCGUGGUAUUGGUCGGAUUUUAAAGAUGCAUUAGCUUUACAAUGCAUUGCGUCCUGGAUUUUUUUGUAUUUCGCAUGUCUAUCACCUAUAAUUACUUUUGGAGGAUUAUUAGGUGAAGCGACUGGAAAAAAUAUGGCUGCAAUGGAAUCAUUAGUAUCUGGAUUCGUAUGUGGAAUGGGAUACGGAUUUUUCUCAGGCCAACCACUAACUAUUUUGGGGUCGACCGGUCCGGUUUUAGUAUUCGAAACAAUAGUUUUUGAAUUCUGUAAACAAAUAGGAUGGAAUUACAUGUCAUUUAGAUUUUGUAUCGGCACAUGGACAACUAUAAUACUCAUAAUUCUAGUUGCAAUCGACGCAAGUGCUCUGGUGUGCUAUAUAACACGAUUCACGGAAGAAAAUUUUGCAACAUUGAUUGCGUUCAUUUUUAUUUACAAGGCUGUGGAAAACGUUAUUUCUAUCGGUAAAAAGAACCCAAUAAAGACACGCCCUGAUGAAGUUCUCAAUUAUGAGUGCUAUUGUUUACCGGGCAAUUAUUCACGAGUACCGGAACAGUUUAAUUGGACGUCCGUUGAUAAGGAGUCAUGUCAGUUAUACAACGGAACUUUAGCUGGUGGUGGAUGUGAUACAAAAGUGUAUGUGCCGGAUGUAUUUUUGAUGUCGAUAAUUUUAUUUCUUGGAACAUUUACUAUUUCUAUAAUUUUAAAGGACUUUAAAAAUUCUCUUUUCUUCCCUUCGAAGGUCAGACAAAUAAUAAGUGACUUUUCCGUCAUCAUAGCUAUUUUGUCUAUGUCAUUUCUAGAUUUCAAAGUUGGAAUCAAGACUCCAAAAUUAGAAGUUCCCUCCGAAUUUAAGCCAACGCUUCCAACGCGAGAAUGGGUCAUUACACCGUUUAAUGGUAACCCCGUAUGGUCCGCUUUAGUAGCUAUACUACCGGCUCUUUUAGGAACGAUUUUAAUAUUUAUGGACCAACAAAUCACCGCAGUUAUUGUAAAUCGCAAAGAAAAUAAAUUGAAGAAGGGUUGCGGCUACCACCUUGACCUCUUCAUAUUAGCGAUUUUAAUACAAAUAUGUUCCAUUAUGGGGUUACCAUGGUUCGUAGCUGCUACAGUACUGAGUAUUAACCAUGUAAAUUCCUUGAAAGUCGAAUCGGAAUGUGCUGCUCCAGGGGAAAAACCACAAUUUUUAGGUGUCCGAGAACAAAGAGUUACACAUAUCCUCAUAUUCCUAACUAUAGGAUGCUCAGUUGUCUUAACUCCAGUUUUAAGACAUAUACCGAUGCCAGUUUUAUUUGGCGUAUUUCUUUACAUGGGGGUGGCAUCGCUAAAAGGACUUCAGUUCUUUGAUAGGAUCCUGAUAAUGUUUAUGCCCCAGAAAUAUCAGCCAGAUCACAUGUUUCUACGCCAAGUACCGAUUCGUCGAGUUCAUGUUUUCACUGCGAUUCAACUGACCUGCCUUGUCUGUCUUUGGGUCAUAAAAUCUUUUUCGAUGACGUCCAUUCUAUUUCCACUCAUGCUUGUGGUAAUGAUAGGCAUUAGAAAAUCUUUAGAUAUAUUCUUUACAAGACGUGAAAUGAAGAUUUUAGAUGAUGUCAUGCCAGAAAUGACUAAAAGGAAUCAAGACGAACUUCGCGAACUCGCCGAUGUUGAGGAUACCAACAAGAGUAAUCCACCAGCAUUUCAAGAAAAUCUGCAAAUCCCCCUUAUCAAUGGCAAUAUCAUGAAUAUACCUUUGGCAUCGAUAAACAUAUCUGAGGAAGUUAAUAAAACUGGUAUAUGGAAACAGGUCAACAAUAGCAAUAAAGCAAAAGCUCGACUUGAAAGUAAGGAAUUGAAAGCAAAAUCUGGAAAAAAGACUAUUAAACACAAAAAACUUAUAUCAAAGAACGCACAAUCCGAAAUAGAAAGACGUCUAUCUACGAUGGACGAGGUAGAAGAAGACGAUCCUUCAAUGAAGAGUGACCUCCUAAGGCGCAAGGAUUCGUGGAGUAGCGGAUUUAAAAAGAAUACAUCUGCUGAAACUUCAGUAUAAGUUUUCUUUUUUUUAAUUCAGCUGUUAGGUCUAAGACAUAAAAAUCAAUUUUCUUUAUUUUUAUUUUGUGUCAACAAAAUAGAUUCAAGAAACAGUCUUGUUCAGUUUAUUUAUUUUUUAUUUAAUGACUUCUUAGUUAUUAUUAUAUUAAACGUUAGUUGUACA